GACGCGCGUGUCCCCGAGCGGCCGAUUUCGCUGUCGGUGCCCGGCGCGGCCUGCCGAGCUCCGCUCGCCUGGCGGCGGCUGCAGCACCCUGGAACGGGGCCCUCGCCCCUUGGCCUCUUCGCUUCGCGCCCCGUCUGGCUCGGGCUUGAUGCCUGAACUGGACCCCGCAGGAGUUCACUGAAUGGAAAAGCUACAGAAGCAGCAGCUGACCUCCCCAGGGAGCGUCAGCUCCUCCCGGGGCUCCAGUGUCCCAGGGUCGCCCUCCAGCAUCGUGGCCCGCAUGGAUGAUGAGGUCCUGGCCUACAAGGACUUGGCGGCCCUCCCCAAGGACAAGGCCAUCCUGGACAUUGAGCGCCCCGACCUGAUGAUCUACGAGCCGCACUUCACCUACUCCCUCCUGGACCACGUGGAGAGGCCCAGCAGCCGAGAGCGCUCACUCUCCCCCAAGUCUCUGUCUCCUCCUCCUUCGCCAGAAGUCGGCCGGGACUGGAUGGAGAGCAAGUCUCCCGGAAGCGCCACCCAGGCAGCCGGUCGCCGGACCAGCGGCGCCAGCCGCAGUGGGAUCCACCACUUCCACCGUCCCGAUACCAAUGCGACGGAGACGAACCUCUACAAGAAGCCCCCCAUCUACAAACAGAGGGAGUCCCUGGCGGCCCCUGCCCCACAAAGCAAGCACCUGAUCGAGGACCAGAUCAUCGAGUCCUCCAAGUUCCCAGCCGCCCAGCCGCCAGAGCCUGGCCAGCCAGCCAAGAUCGAGACGGACUACUGGCCCUGCCCGCCCUCCCUGGCCGUUGUGGAGACCGAGUGGCGGCGGCGGAAGGCAUCCCGGCGAGGUGAGCCCGAGGAGGAGGAGGAGCUCGCGGAGGACGUGAAGCGCUUGCGGGAGCUGCAGAAGGAGGAGCUGAGCAAGGUGGCUUCCAACCUCGGCAAGCUGAUCCUGAAAGAGGAGAUGGAGAAGUCGCUCCCACUCCGGAGGAAAACCCGCUCCCUCCCUGACCGAACGCCCUUUCACACCUCCCUGCACACGGGCGGCUCCAAGUCCUCCUCGCUCCCUGCCUACGGAAGAAGCACGCUCGCCCGGCUGCAGUCCACAGAGUUCAGCCCUGCUGGUAGCGAAAGGGGCAGCCCAGGCCUGCAGAAUGGCCAGAGGGGGCGCAUGGACCGAGGAAGCUCCCUUCCCAGCAUGCUGGAGCUAAAGAUUUACCCUUACGAGAUGCUGAUGGUGACGAACCGAGGGAGAGUGAAGCUGCCCCCUGGCGUGGACCGAAUGAGGCUGGAGAGGCACCUCUCGCCUGAGGAUUUCCUGCGUGUCUUUGCGAUGAUGCCUGAGGAGUUUGCCAAGCUGGCCCUGUGGAAGCGGAAUGAGCUGAAGAAGAAAGCCUUCCUCUUCUGAGCCCAUGCGGCCACGUGUGUCGAUGCUCUCGCCUCGCGGGCCUCCGGGGCACGUGCCUUCCCCCCCUCUUGCUGUGCAGCAGGCCGCAGGCCCCGGUUGGGCAGGUGGAGGCAGGAGAGCAGCAGCCCCCAGCCCGCCCAGGAAAGGGAGCCUGUGGCUCGGAGGGCGGGGGGGGCCAGGCUGCGUGCGCGUCCCGAGCCCACCGGAGGAGGCCUUUGGCGGCGGCGGCUGGGAGCGCUGCAGGGUGCCAGGCAGGAGCAUGAUCUGGGCUGAGCCCCGAGAGCGGAGAGCCUGGGGGACCAGGACGAAGACGGACGGCCCAGGGCACCUCCUGGCCGGCCCUCCUGGCUUCUGCUGGAGCAACACAUGGGGAGGCGCCCACCUGCGGGUGCCCGGGUGGUGGCGGGCGCUUCCCUGUCGCUCGCUCUUGGCCGGCUGCACUUGCGAAGUGGCCUCACGACCCCUUGGAAGCCCCACGCUUUGCCUCCAGCACAUGACGCACUCCGGCCCCGCUGCACCAGAGCGGGGCUCGCGCAGAGCUGCGCGGCGACCGGCUGAGCCAGGCGAGGGCCGGGUGCCUCCCCCAGCAAGGCCCUGCCCGCCCGUGGGCUCCUGCGCCACUGUUGCCGCCACUCCCGCCUUCCUGGGGCCCCUCCGUGUCCUGGUGGCAGCCUCCCCCCCGCCCCCCCCGGGUCCACCAGGUGGCUGCGCGGCAGUGUCCUGUGGCUCAUGCCGUCUGCAGCCCCCUUCCCUUUCCAUGCCACGGCCCCAGCCCCACCACACAGCUGCCCCCUCUCCUUCAGGCCUGCUCCGUGGGGCAAGCCCCCCGAGAGCGUCCCGCCCAGUGGGCUGCUGUCCCCCCUCGGAACAGAGCCGGCUUCGUCAGGCCGUGGCCCCAGCAAGCCCGUGUCUGCUCCUCUGCACGCAGCUCCUGGACAGCGCCCUCCCGCCUGCGCUGCCGAGCGGGGGCCAGAGGAGGCCCUCUCCCCGCUGGGCCUCCAGCCGAAUCCCCCUGCCCCUGCUGGGGCUGGGCCCAGACCCAGGCAGUGCCCCCCGCCCCGGCUCAGCAGCCAGGCCCUAGUCCAGCUAGGCUCUCUUCCGCAGAACGCCGCUCCAGCUUGCCGCCUCCUCCGCAGGCCACCCUCCCCUGCCGGUGGACAGGAUCGAGCCGGCCGGGCGCUGUGGUGCCCCCUCCUGGCCUUGCACAGGAAGAGGGCUGCUGGCCUGGGGCCGGAUGCAUGCAGGUCGGCUCCAGCUGCUGCCCGUGCGGAGGCUUGGCCUUGGCUCCCCAAGGGCGCCCGUCUUCCUGUCCCAGUUGCGACAACACCUGCCGGGCGAGGCCUGCUGCACUGCCACCGGCCCCGCACAACUGCCAAGUCAGCUGGGAGUGGGCCAGACGCCAAGGGGGACUCGGGGCCACAGGCUCCCUUCUGCCCCUCCCCGGUGCCAGUGAGGGGCAGCAGGGCGGCAAGAGGCGGUCAGCAGCGCCACUGGAGGUGGCCGGCAUGCCAGCCAGCCAGCGAAGGGGCCUUCCUCCUUCCUCCAGAAGCUCAGCCAGCUGCUGGCCCCCUUCUCUGCGACUGGCAGCCAGGAGCAGGAACGGGGGGUCGCCACUUCUGUUCCAGGCAUCUUGGACGAGGGGCAGGAGGAAAGUUGGCCGCCUACUGGCAGCCUGUGGAGAAGGAAGCCCCCAAGGAGGGAAGGGCAGCCCGAAGUGCCAGCUCAGGCCAUCCCCUGAAAGCGUCCCCCCUUCCAGCACCGCCAGCGCCCCCCCCCCCAGGGAGGGGCUUCCCAGCUGUGCCUCCUGGGACCCCACUCCCAGAAGGGUCCCGCUGUUCAGGAGCUAAGUUGGGAGGGGGGGUCUGAGGUCACACGCAGCCCCUUUCCUGGGUGCAGGUGCUCAGGGCUGCCGCAUGCAUCCGCGAGGUCCAGGGGGUGCAUGGCGAGGCAGCAGGACACGGGCCAGGGACGGGGCCCGUCCUGCACCAGGCGGCAAGUGGCCUGGGCUGCCCACAGCCAUGCCACGGUGCCCAGCCUCGGCGGCUCUGGGAAACGGCCCUCGCUGCUCUCCGCAGGAGCCGGAAGCCCCCUCCCUGCACCACACCUGCCACGCCGUUCUCCCCUCAGCCUCUCCACUGUGUGCAAAUGUAAAGGAUGUAAUUUAUUGGAAGUCACUUGCCUAUUUCUGCUUUUCACCACUAAUGUGAACAAAUCUAUAAAUAUAUAAAUAUGGACUCCUUCCUGUGACAGUGACCCACCGUGCCACUGCCCCCUUUGCUGAUGUCAGGAGUCUUCUCCCCUUUUAAUUAAACGUGAAGUGGCUUUAUCGAAA